AUGGCUGAAGCUUUUCCUACUGCUAUCUUUAAUGAGAAUGCUCGAAUUCCGAUGCUGUUUGGUGACAACUUUACUGAGUGGAAGGAGAAAGUCCUUCUCACUUUAGGGUGCUCGGAUUUGGAUUUGGCAAUCCGUGUGGAAGAACCACCUAAACCCACGGAAUCAAGUACGCCCGAUACUAUGGCUUAUUAUGAGCGGUGGAAACGAUCUAAUCGCUUCAGCUUGAUGCUCAUAAAGGCUCAUAUAAGCCAAAGCAUUAGGGGUUCCAUCCCCAAUAGCGAUAAGGUCAAAGUUUAUAUGAAGGCAAUUGAAGAACAAUUUGUAAGCACUGACAAGGCGCUGGCCAGCACCCUUAUGAAGAGGCUCUCAAGUAUGACCUUUGAUAGAAGUCGUAUAGUGCGCGAGCACAUUAUGGAGAUGAAAGACAUUGCUGCUAAACUCAAGUCCCUUGAGGUUGAUAUUUUUGAACCAUUUCUUGUGCAUUUUAUCCUCAACUCUCUUCCUGCGGAAUAUGGUCCGUUCAAGAUAUCUUACAACAAACAUAAAAAUAAAUGGUCAAUUAAUGAACUCCUGACCAUGUGUGUUCAAGAAGAGGAGAGAUUGAAGCAUUAG